UUCUUGAACGGGACUCGUUUCCGGCGGAGGGAUCCAGGGAGGCUACGGGUGCCGCGGCCCAUCUUGGCUCCUCUCGGGGAGGGGGGAGGCGGCUGUGCAGCCGGCACCAUGGACGAGGCCUACGACGUGAUCGUGCUGGGCACCGGCUUGACCGAAUGUAUCCUUUCGGGUAUCAUGUCUGUGAAUGGCAAGAAGGUGUUGCACAUGGACCGAAAUCCAUAUUAUGGGGGUGAGAGCUCAUCGAUUACUCCCCUGGAGGAGCUUUACAAACGCUUCGAAAUUACAGAGGGGCCCCCUGAGUGCAUGGGGCGUGGCCGGGACUGGAAUGUUGAUCUUAUCCCCAAAUUCCUCAUGGCCAAUGGACAACUUGUGAAGAUGCUACUAUAUACAGAGGUGACACGCUACCUAGAUUUCAAAGUGGUGGAGGGCAGCUUUGUCUACAAGGCAGGAAAGAUUUACAAAGUGCCAUCGACAGAGACAGAAGCACUGUCUUCCAAUCUCAUGGGCAUGUUUGAGAAACGACGCUUCCGCAAGUUCUUGGUGUUUGUGGCAAACUUUGAUGAGAAUGAUUCAAAGACCUUGGAGGGAGUGGAUCCUCAUGUCACUACCAUGCGCGAAGUCUACCGACGCUUUGACCUUGGUCAGGAUGUCAUCGAUUUCACAGGACAUGCAUUGGCUCUCUACCGCACUGAUGACUACUUGGAUCAACCUUGCUUGGAAACCAUCAAUCGCAUAAAACUGUACAGUGAAUCCCUGGCCCGCUAUGGGAAGAGCCCCUAUCUCUACCCACUGUACGGCCUCGGUGAGCUUCCCCAGGGCUUUGCCAGGCUCAGCGCUAUCUAUGGUGGCACCUACAUGCUCAACAAACCAGUAGAUGAGAUUGUCAUGGAAGGUGGCAAGGUCAUUGGAGUCAAAUCGGAAGGAGAGGUGGCACGCUGCAAACAGUUGAUCUGUGAUCCCAGCUAUGUGCCAGAUCGAGUGCGCCCAGCAGGGAAGGUUGUGCGCGUCAUCUGUAUUCUGAGUCACCCCAUCCGUGGCACCAGCGAUGCUAAUUCCUGUCAAAUUAUCAUUCCCCAAAAUCAAGUGGGACGGAAAUCUGAUAUCUAUGUCUGUCUCAUUUCCUCUGCCCACAAUGUGGCUGCCCAGGGCAAGUACAUUGCUAUUGCCAGCACUACUGUAGAGACAGACUCUCCUGAGAAUGAAGUGCAACCAGCUCUUGAACUGCUUGAACCCAUUGACCAAAAGUUUGUGGCCAUUAGUGAUAUAUAUGAACCCACUGAUGAUGGAACUGAAAGUCAGAUAUUCUGUUCACGGUCAUAUGAUGCCACCACCCACUUUGAGACAACAUGUGAUGACAUCAAAGACAUUUACCGGCGCAUGGCUGGGGCUCCAUUUGAUUUUGAAAGCAUGAAACGGCGCCAGAAUGAUGUCUUUGGCGAGAAUGAGCAGUGACCAUUUCCUUUCCUUUUUCCCUGAGCCCCACACUCCCUGUUUUUUUCCCAUGUAAGGGACCACACUCCCAGCUAGGGACUGGCUUAAUUCCCACACCUCACUGAGAUUGGCUCUUCCUCCAGAUCCUCAUUUAGGCUAUGCCAGAUGUCUAGUAACUUAUUUCCAUGGGAGGGGAAAUGUAGAAUAAUUUUUCUCUGCUGCUGGAUUUUUUUUUAUUAUUGCAUACAAGAAUAAGAUAACCCUCUCUCCAGGACUGAGGUUGGAUCAAGUUAAUGCAAUCUCAGUCCUUUGAAGACAAACCUCUUUCAGUUUUUCCAGUGCCUAUAGGGAUUUGGGUCCAUAUUAUGUAUUACAUACAGUUGCCUGGAAUUGAAUUCUGCCCCCUCCUAGGAAAAAAGCACCUUUGGAGACAGGAAAUUCUGCCUGCUUUUCUGUUGCAACUUCUUUCUCCCUGUGGUUUCCAUCAAUAUAAUAAGCAAAGGCAGAAUUAAGUACAUCUAGUUUUCAUUGUAGGUCGCUCCAUCACUAGUCUAUUCUAACUGAAGAAAAGAAAAACAGCCACUGGGUUUUAAAAACAUGCAUGAAAUAUAUAUUUUGGCCUUAAUUCUUGCUAUUGAUCUCCAACUGUUACCAUCUGUUCACCUUUCUUCGUGCGGUUUCCCACUGUUUCCCCUCCAUUUGUUGGCGUUCUCAUCUCUGCCAUCUGUGCCCCUCUUAACUCCUCUGAGCCUUGCAUUUCUCCCUUCCUGUGCAUAGUGAAUUGAUUUGCUGCUUAACUUGCAAUGGACCAUCUGGGACCAUAUCUUGCCAUAUGUAUAAUCAGUUUUUCUUCAUUUUCCCAUUUUUUCUGAUCAUGAUGUGAAGCUGCAUUCCUCUGUUUUGAGAGGAGACUGGAAUUGUGUGAGGAUGUGGGGGCACAAAGAGCCAUUCUGAACCAUUUCUUCUAUAAAUGCUGCCCUUGCAGCUGGUCCCAUGUCCCUCACCUUGCACCUGAGAUUCCCACAGGCCUCUCUGUUUGUCUUGCAUCCAUUUUGUUCCCUCAACUCCUUUUAGUUUCCUUAGCCUCAAAAACGUGAGAAGAUUUGUAUUUGUAUGUGUGUAUGUCUCUCUUGUGUGCUGGAUAUAGGGACAGGGAGACGAUUCUGUCCCUUUCCACUUGCUGCCACCUGCUGUAACUUAUUGUAACUUAUUAAUGAAGCAGGUUAAUUUUUUGUUGGCACUUCUGACAAUUAAUGAGGUUUGGGUGGGGGUUAGGCUGUGGCAUGAGUACAGAGGCCUGGGGCCUAUCCUUCAUUAGAGCCUUCCUUCCUUCUGAAGCCAACUUUACGGUUAACAAUCUGUCUGUAACUCUAGGGGAUUGUGAGGAGUCAGCUCUCUCCAACCCACAACUGCUCAGUUGUCUCAAGAUAAUAAAUUUACUUAGUCUAGCCCUGGCUCUUGUCUGAUACCAUUGCUGCAGAGGAGGGAUGAGGGGAGUAAAGUCCAGGCUUAACUCACACUAGUGAGAGAAAAGAGACCACAUCAAAUUCAGGAAAUGGAAGAAAGAUUAAAAAAAAAAAUCAGUGAAGCACCUCAAUUUGGUUAUGUAAUUUUUCUGAAGAAGUGGCAGUUAUAAUAUCCAGAAAGUUUUGAAUGAUAAAAAUGUACUAUUUUGCAUAGCUGAUUCUGGCUUCAGACUGUCGGAUAAUGCGCCUUUGUUACUGUUGAAGUCUUAAGACAAGGAAGUGAUGCUAAGAACAAGACAGCAUGGGAAUAUAUACAGAUUUGUAUUACCAGAUCUCUCAUUUUCCCUACACCAGACUAUUGGAAAUUGUGCUUGAAUCCAACUGGCUUACAAGAAUUGAAAGACUAGUCUGCAUCCAUUUUCUUAGUCCACAUAGAACACCAAGGUCCAAAAGCUUAGAAGAGGAUUUGGAAAAAGUCUCAACUCUUGUGGUACUCUAUAUCUAAUUAGACUACUUCAGUUGUAUUAGUUUUAAUAUCAAAUUAGUACUGCUGCUGCCACCGUUUUAACAAUAUUUAAUCUAAUUGAUUUAGAUCUUUUUCAAGUGUGUAUGGAGGCAAGGCUAAUGUUCCACUUGUGAACCAAUACUGGAAGUAGUUCUUAACAUUUUCUUUGCCUGAUUCUUCUUUACAAAUAGAAUCUUGAAGUUCUAUUUUUCCUGCAGAUCCCUCCUACAACUUUAAGCUCUUUUUGUGUAAUUAUCCUUCCCUCUAGCUAUACAGUUGUAAAACCUGGAUAGCAAUUAAUAAAAUAACCAGGAAGGCAUUUCAAGGUGUCUUCCACUGAA